AUGUUCAAGUUGGUGGUAUUGUCUGCUCUCCUCGCCGUAGCUGCCGCUCGUCCCGGUCAUCUCUACGAAUCCGCGCCCCUCGUCUACUCAGCGCCCGCCACAUACGCUGUGCAGGAGCCCGUCCUGGCCAAGGUUGGUGCUGUCGUGAAGAGCGUUCCCACGGCCGUGUCCCAUCACAGCCUUAGCCAGGUGCACAGCUCGGCACAUGUGGUUGAGGAUGUUGUGGCUCCAGUUGUCAAGUCCACACCAGUGGUCACCUACUCUGCAGCGGCUCCAGUGGUGCACACUGCCUACGCAGCUGCUCCGGCUCCACUCAUCAAGACUGUGGCCGCUGCUCCUGUAGUCCACACCGCCUAUGCUGCUGCACCUUACACCUCAAUUGCUGCUGCUUCGCCUUUGACCUACACUGCCACCGGACUGUGUACCAAGGUCUGGCCCACACCCAUCACCGCCCGCGCUGGCUGUGGCACAGAAUCUUCGAGGAGACUUUGCAUCGACGCGAAGAAACUGCUGCGCCUACUUCUGUGGGUUUUCAAGGGCUUCGUUGUAGUGCCUUGUAUUACGGCUGCUAUUUUAACCGGGACAUUGACAGAUUCCUCUGCUUCCAUUUCGUCAUCCAGUUCCGGGUCUUCUACAUCGAACACAUUUCAGUUUCAGCUCGAUUCGAAGAAUAAUCCAUCAGUCAAAAUGUACAAAUUGUUUGUUCUCGCUGCUCUGCUCGCUGUUGCCGCCGCCCGUCCCGGCAAUCUGGCUGUCGCCCCGGUAGUCUACAGUGCUCCCUUGGCCGCCUCUACGACCAUCGUGCAGGAGCCUGCCCUGGCUAGGGUUGGUGCUGUGGUCAAGAGUGUGCCCACGGCUGUGUCUCACCAGAGCGUGACUCAGGUGCACAGCUCACCGGUGGUUGAGGAUGUGGUUGCUCCGGUAGUCAAGACUACGCUGCAUGCUGCUCACGCCCCAGUUGUUGCUGCCCCCGCUCCCAUUGUGAAGACAGUGGCUCCUGUCGCUUACUCCGCACCCGUUGCCUACUCAGCACCGGUGGCCUACUCCGCCGGUCCCGUGACCUACGCUGCCGCCGCCACCCCUCUGACCUACAGUGCUCCAGUGGCACGCAGCUAUAUUGCCUCCAGCCCUCUGCUGCACAGCGCACCACUGACCUAUGCCGCCCCUGUCGCCAAUGCCGGUUUGAUCUCGCCCUAUAGCCAUGGCUAUGGUUUGGGUUAUGGUGCCGCCAUCGCUCCAGCCUACCACUCUUCCGCUGUCAUCUCGCACGCGCCCAUCAUUAAGAGCUACUCCGCGCCCAUUAUCUCCGCCCCAAUUGUGAAGACCAUUGCCCAUCCCGUGGCCACUUCGUACGCCAACACCUACAAGGUCGCCACCAAGGCCAUUCCAGUGGUGCACGCCGCCCCUGUCUUGCACGCUCCUGUGUUGCAUGCUUCUCCUGCUCUGCACACUACCUCCACCUAUCAUGGUCAUGGUCUGGGCGGUUAUGGACUCGGUGGCUACGGACUAGGUAGCUAUGGCGGCUAUGGCGGUUAUGGCUUGGGCUAUGGUCUGCAUUAAAUGGCAAUUAUUCUUCGUUGACGACCGACUAGCACACAUUUGGGACCUCUGCAACACCAACAAUAGCCCUUUAAGGAGCAACCAUCAGUCAUUGUUUUGCAGUGUGUGUGUAACUUAAACUUAAGCCAGCGAGAUUAUGUGAGAUGCAUGUACUUUCAAAAGGACUUUUACAUUUUGCUGCCGUCAAAAUGUUUGGUCCCAAACAACCUCAAAUGUGUACAAAAUUAUCGUUAAAAGUAGAGACAGACAGAGUGAGAGACGAGCGGAAAAUACGAGUAUGUUUGUUGCUUUUCUGUAAAUAAUUUAGUUAUUGUGUGACAACGCAAGUGGUUUCAACUUUUGUAAAUAAAUGAUACAAA